GUCUAUUUAAUAAACAGUUAAAAUGGCUGUCAUUUGUGUAGAAAACAGUUGAAAUUGAAUUUGACGGUGUUAUCAAAGAUCUUUUUAUCAUUUUUACUAGUUUUGUUGUUAUAUAUUCGAACAUUCGGACAUAUCUGUUCAUAAAUAGUAAUAUCAUUCUUUCAAACGUUUAACAAGACAUAUUUCAUUUAUAAUUUGCUUGAAACUUUAAGUAUGGACAUGGAUGUGGACGGCAGCGAAAAUUUCAGUAACGCCUCGGAAGGCGGAAAGUUUUCUAAUUUAAAGGCAUUUGUAAACGCGGCACGUGAAUUUGAAGCGACACAUAGUGAAACUGCUGUGAAUUUGAUGACGAGAUAUCUCGGGUUAAUUGCCUCAUCAUGUGACCUGUCAAUCUUCUCCCCUGGCCGCUCAGAAGUGUGUGCUUUCUUCAGCUCACUAUGGAGAGUGAUGUGCGAUGGACGUGGCCCACACUGGGCUGGGGUUGCGGUGUUAGCCCGCGCUGCUAUAGAGCCCAGUGCUAGACAUGCACUCACUCAUACUUAUAAGUUUAUGCCCAUUUUGGCUCGCUUACUAUCAGAUUCUAUAUCAAAUGACAAGAAAAUUAAACUACUUAGUGUUAUGCAGGAAAUAUCCUAUGGUAUAAAAAUAAGCUGGCAAGAGUCCUACCUCGCCGGUCUUAUGAAGCAGCUCACAGAAUGGAUCACUCAGCCAAUGACAGAGCCACAACACCGCACCAUCGGACAUAAGUCACUAACUGUGUUAGUCAAUGUGUGUUAUGCAAACCUGCCAGCAAUAUAUGCAUUGAUGAGGACUGUGGAUACUAAGGAUUUUGUUGUGCAUCUUAUAAGUUUGAAGGAGGGUGGUUACGGCGGCGUGGAGGUGUGCCGCCUGCUGCUGUGCCUGUCGGGCGCCACGCGCGGCGCGGCGGCCACGCGCCAGCCCGACGUGCACAGCUACCUCUGCUGCACCAUGCGCACCUUCAUCAAGGCCGUCAGUGAAAGAGAUGCUACUCAACUCCUACACGCGUACACGUUUAUCAACGACCUGUGCACGGACCCCAACCUGCAGGGGUUUGUGCUCACAUACCCGCAUUUCAUGUCUUGUCUCGAAGAAGGAUUAAAGGAUGUGAAAGAGCUGUGCAGGUCGGAUCCAGACGAAAUGAGUGAACCAGAGAAUGCUACAAACUGCCUUCGUAAUGUACUUAAGUUCCUGACUGUCUUAGUUAAUUUAGAUUUAUACUCGAUGAGAAGUCACCACGGCGCGCUCAUCUGUUUGUGUAUGGAGGCGAGUCGUAUGUGUCUGCCGGAGUCCCUAGAAUUAUUCGCUGCUAUUGUGUCACAAUAUAAAGAUGAGGGCCGACUUCCCCAAGAAUUGAUUUCGGUGAUAAGUGACGGCCUGCCCGGUCUCAUAGUACCACCGGCGUUGGAACCCGGGAAAGCUGGUUUACAGUGGUUGCAAGUCAUAGGUGCUCUGUGCGAGUCCCAAGAGACCCAGGAGCGCGUGUUGCAGGAGGUCACGCCCGCCGCCUUCGAGGACACGCUCUACAGCGUACUGCAACACACCGCGCAGAAUGGCGUAGUAGGUGCGGAAGCGUCCCAGCAAGCCGUAGUAGUGGGGUGUCGUACUGCACUAACCCUGGCGCCGCUGCAGCGCAGCUGGGAGGCCGCGCUGGCGCGCAUGCUCGCACACCAUCAGGUUAGAAAACUGCUGUGUGCUGGUUUGACGAGUAGUAAUGGUUCGCGGCGGCGUCAGAUACUACAGCUGGUCAAACAUCACUGCUUCCCUUCGGAUCAGAUGAACCAGGUGUUCGGCGAGUCGAGUCGCGGCGUGAGUCCCCUUGCGGCCCCCCCGGGCGCGGCGGCGGAGGGCGGCGGCGAGCCCGCGUGCUGCGCCGCGCGCCUGCAGCCGCAGCAGGAGCACGCCGUGGACGCGCUCGUGGCCGCGCUCGCCGACAAGCUGCGCGACGGGAAGAUUGCGGACAUUGCUACAUCAAGUGUUAUGGAGUUAUAUGGCUACAAAAUGACGUGCUUAGAGCAAAGACUACAUUCUCAUUCAGUCGCUUUACAAGGUGCGAGCGAGCAUAUGGCAUCGUUACAGCAUGCGCUCGCGAUGUUACAAGCAACGAACUCGUCUCAACAGGAUGUUCUGUACACCACACAGAUGCAGAACGAAAGGCACAAGAAAACGAUAGAAGACUUACAUAAACAGUUGGAAGAUGCUGAAACUACUCUACGAGGGUUCAGAGCGAAGCUGGCGGCCGAGAAACUUGACAAGGAACAUCAGAAGGAGAAUCUACACAAGGAGUUCCGUGCUGAAUUGGCUGGUCUAGAUAACGAGAUGAAAACUCGCGAGCGGGAAUUCGAGGAGAGAUUGAAAGUAGCCGAAGCUGAUACAAGAGCGGUACAGAAGAAACUAGAACAACAGACAAACAAGAACGGUGAGCUAGCGGGCGUCCUGAUAAAGUUUGAGGAGCGAGUGAAGCAACGCGACAAGAAACUAGAGGAGGCCGCCGCACACGACGCCGCGCUACGGAAGGAGAUCGAGCAGAGGGACUCGACCAUAAAACAGCUAGAGAAGACAGUGCUAGAGCGUGAGAACCGCCUGUACCAGCUGACGACGCAGCUGGAGGAGAUGAAGCGCGUGCAGGAGAUGGUCGCCAAGCUCAUGAGCAAGAGCUCCUCCACCAGCGUGCCCAGCUAACACCAGACACGUAAAGAUCGGCUGGCUACAGAUCUCCAUGCUUCAAGAUAUUUUAUACUGAUAUUUUCAUCGCAUGAACUAGAUUUUAAUAUUAUUUUACAAGUAUUUUUCAUAUUGAGUAUAUGAAUGUUUCGAUAAUGGAAUGUCAAAUUAAUAAUGUUUAUUGUAUAGUAUAUUUAGUAUCGGACUAAUAAAAUUAUGAACAUGUGAGA